UCAAAUGUAAACUCCACAAGUAUAAUUUUUUCAAAAAUCAGAAAGUUAAUUAACUUUCUCAUUCAGUGUCAAAUUUAUACUUAAUCAUUCAUAUUCGUUUUCCUGCUGGUGAAUUUUUCAUGGAAUCGCGACUUGUGUCAUGUGAACAGAGCAACACGAAAUGGAUCAGUGGGAAGGAGGACUUUGUUGCUAGUGAAACAACUCCUGAGUAUUUUUAGCGACUUCCUUUACAUUUUUAUUACCGGUUAGUUUAAUUUUAAUUCUACAUUUUGUGGUGGCUAUUCUAAAAUCAGUGUUUGUGAAGAACUGUCGCGAUCACGUGAUACCAAAAAUCUUGACAGUUUCGAUGCUGUCUAGAGUGCUUACUCCAAAUACCUUUUACAGACGAAAAUGUCUGAAAGCAGUGAAUCCGAAGAGUUUUUCGACGCAGAGGAUGACAGCACUCAACGAACCUCAAGGAGAAGUAAAAAUCAGCAAUCGCCUGCUGCUGAAACGCAGGUUGAAAAAAAAGGAGCGGAGAAACAAGUUGACGAUAAGUUAUUUGUGAAACCCGCUGAUCCAAGACCACUUCCUGAUCUAGGAACUCAAGUCGACUCGGAAACUAAACCUAAUUUAGAAAAAGCUGAUGAAAAUGAUAAGGGAACCGGGACGGACAAGAAUGUCGGUAGGAGACGCUUUCGUGAAUUGCGUCAGAGAAUGCAAACCGAGGACGAUGAUAUUCCAAUCAACAGUUCGCCCCCGGAUAGUCAGACAUCCUCGAUCGAGGGUAUCUAUCCCACGCCCUCGAAAACAUCGCAUCCCUUCCGAAUCAUCGAACACGACACCUUCAGCUUGCAAAGCAUGACUUCCUUGGGCCGGGUUGGUCGAAUUCUCGCCGGGACAUCCGACAACGCUUCCGCAAUUCUUGUUCCAAGUGUCUCGCAAUGUCCACCGCCCGCUCUAUCACGCGACAGCCAGAUGUCCUCGAUUGCGAGCAUUUCCAGCAGCAAGGACGAGGACGCUGCCUCGGGCAAGGUUUCCCAAUCAUCAAGCAGUCUGACCCUCUCCGGAGAAAUGCUUCUUCAGGAGACUGCAAAUAGUCGAUCGGAUGGCUCGACUACCUCACAAGGCGAGAAGCCGGCAGUUCUUCAAGAACCGGACGUUAUUGCAAGCACGAAAAAUAAUGGAAAGCCUCCUGAUUCGCACAAUGGUUCCAUACCCAAAGUUCCGGUCGCACCUCCUCGACGAAAAAAGAAAACGAAGGUUCCGACACCGACUGAUCUUGCUCCUGCACCAGCUGGCGCAUUAGUCUCUUCCGGUUCGCCACUGCCAAGUCCCGCGAGUACAAUUGAAUCAAUAACGAGAGAAUUCGAACACUCUCUUGACAUUCGAUCCGCCACGAAAGGACAAUAUGUAGUGAAGCCGCAGGAUGAGCAUAGAUCGAAGGCAGAGGGACCUUCCUCGGAGGAACUGGCCAGAGUUGAAAGAAUGAAAGCCGAAUUGCUGAGCGUUCGUUCCAGUGACAAAUCGAAUAGUCCAAUCGGAUCGAUAUCUAGCAAUAGCAUCGGUCGAUAUUCAUUGGGACCGCACAAACUCUCCGGUUUUGGCCAUCAAAUAUCGAGAGAGAGACGCAAAUCGGCCGGCGAUCAGGACAUGGUCAAACAGCUCAACAUGUUCGUCAGAACGAGAACUGAUUCGGGAAAACGGCUCACUGACAUGGAAAUUUUAGAGCAGGUGACAGUCUUGAAUUUGGACACAGGCGAGAGAGUGCCAUUAAGUAUUGCCGAGGACAAAUUGCCUCAGUGUAUAAAUCCCCUGUCUCUUCACAUAAUGAGACUGACUUCUGAGUACAUAAGUAACACGAGUUUAGAGAAGGAGAAGGAGAGUGACGAGGAGAGUGUAGACAGCAAAAUGUCUAGUAUACCUCCAGACGAAGACGUGGCAGUUGGAAGAGUUCGCAAGAAGACUCAAAAAUUGAGACGAUUUUUGGGCUCAACUGUGAAGAAGACAAUGGACAAGGCGAAGUCAAUAGCUCAAGAAGUGUCGCACGCCCGACACAAGGAGGACGUGAUGGACAUUGUGGAUGAGGUGAAUCCCGGCGAGCAGCAGUGGAUCAAACUGAAAGCCUCGAAUAGUCACAAAGGUCCCUACGAAUUCUGCAAUUUGCAACACGUCCAGGAUCUGAGUGGCGAACACGUCGGUCCAGUCUGGUGUAUGAAAUUCUCAGCUUGCGGAAGAUUGCUGGCAACCGCCGGCCAAGACAAAGUCCUGAGAAUCUGGGUUUUGCGGGACGCCUUCACCUAUUUCCAGGACAUGCGGACAAAAUACAAUGCGGAGAAAGUCAGUCCAACACCUUCCCAGGAAUCCCUUGUGUCCCAGCAGUCAAUGGAAGAUCCGAGUGUGAUUGCAAGCGCUUUCAGCGAAAUUGAGGGCACCAAGUGUCCCUUCAUGCCGAAACCAUUCUGCACCUAUACCGGCCACACCUCGGAUCUUCUCGAUGUAUCCUGGUCGAAAAAUUACUUUGUUUUGUCCUCGUCAAUGGACAAAACUGUCCGACUCUGGCACAUAUCGCGAAAAGAGUGUCUCUGCUGCUUUCAACAUAUCGAUUUUGUAACUGCAAUUGUUUUCCAUCCACGGGACGAUCGAUACUUCCUCUCAGGAUCCCUGGAUGGCAAGCUCCGACUCUGGAAUAUACCGGACAAGAAAGUGGCCGUUUGGAAUGAGGUGGAUGGCCAGACGAAGCUGAUCACGGCAGCGAAUUUCUGCCAGAAUGGCAAAUUUGCCGUUGUCGGCUCGUAUGAUGGGAGGUGUAUAUUUUAUAAUACGGAUCAGCUCAAGUAUCAUACGCAAAUUCAUGUGCGAUCGACCCGCGGGAAAAAUUCGACGGGUCGGAAAAUCAGCGGUAUCGAGCCGAUGCCGGGCGAGGACAAGAUUCUGGUCACCUCGAACGACAGUCGGAUUCGUCUCUACGAUCUGCGGGAUUUGAAUCUCUCCUGCAAGUACAAGGGCUAUGUGAAUGUCAGCAGUCAGAUAAAGGCGAGUUUCAGUCCGGACGGACAGUACAUUGUCAGUGGAUCCGAGAAUCAGUGUAUUUAUAUUUGGAAGACAAAUCACGAUUAUUCCAAAUUCUCGAGUGUUCGCAGAGAUAGGAAUGAUUUCUGGGAGGGGAUUAAGGCUCACAAUGCGGUUGUGACUUGUGCUGUUUUUGCACCAAAUCCUGACACCAUUAUCAAGCAGAUUGAGGCGAGAGAGCAGCUGGAGAAUAAAGCGGAUCCGAAAAGUGUCGACAGUGUUAGCGCGAAUGCUACGCCUGUCGAUCCGGUUGUUGAACAACGCACGAAAGGUUGUGGCGGUCAUGUUCUGGUCAGUGCAGAUUUUAAUGGAUGCAUCAAAGUCUUUCUAAAUAAAACCAAACCAAAGCAUAGUUCUUUACCAGCCUCGGCUCUCGCGUAAUCCAAGCUUGACUUGUAAGUAAUGUUUCGGCUGGUCUAAAAAGUAGGCUUUUCUUCAAAAGUUAAAAGGCUUUUUAACUGUUUUUUUUUCUUUUUUUUUUUUAAUUUCAAGUCAAAAAAUCUAGAUUUUAAGGUUUUAAGAAGUAUUGUGUAAGAAAAAACAUGUGGUUUUUAAUCAGAAAAGCUUAAAAUUUUCUAAAAAUUAUGCUAACUAUGUUUUUUUUGGGAUUUAAUCGUUUUUUACUGUCGCUUCGUACACAUUUUUUUGAAAAAUAAUUUCAUUUGGAUAAUUUUCAAUUAAGAGGGAAAUAACAAAGUUUUGAGGAUUGUUGAAAUAAUUUAUUUUUGUAGGUUUUAAACUUUGUUCACAAAAAAUAAUGUUUUUCCUUUCAUUAAAAAUGACUGACAAUAUUUCAAUUCUUAAAAUCCUAAGAAAGAAAAAAAUGAGGUUCUCUGAUUUAAAGAGAAAUCAGGAAACAAAAAAAAAA